UCACUAGAAGCAAAUAUUACGCGUUGGAAGAAACAUCGAUUCAUUAUUUUUCAUUGUUAUUUAUAAUGAGGUUGCUAGGGUUAUUGGUUUUAAUCGUGUCGGGGGUGUGUUUCGUGAAUUGCACGCAUUUGGUGGUCGGAAAUGUAGCUGAUAGAGUAGUUCUUGCCCAUCACGAAGACUUUGAAUACAAUGCCAUGCCAUUCUUCAAGAGGAUCAAAUCUUUCUUUUAUUCCUCACCUACCAAUAAACCUAUACGGGGUAUACAAGCAUUGGACAACGACCACAGUAAGGCGUCAGUGAACAUAACGGCGGGUGGAAUUGGCUAUCCGUUUGUUAACUUACGAAUCAAAAGCGAGAGGGGAAGCAGACUGAGCUACGAUAUUGGAAUUUAUGUUAGCCCAGAUUUUAUUUAACAAAUUUGAUACUUUUUUUUAAUAAACACAUACAAAUAGCA